CACGAUACAGUCUGCUCACUGAUUUCUAUAAUAGACAGUGUAGCCGUCAAAGGAAUGUUAAAUUUAAAUGUUCCAUUGACACUAUAAUUUGAUAAAUAUGAGUUUCCAACAUUACAGGAUACUUUGAUAAAUGUUCCUUCAAAAAAAUGCACUGCGCCGGCUAUGCAGAUAAUUUGCAAGACUCAGAACGUUAAAACAUAUCUAUCAAUGACAAGAUAUGGCAAAUCUUACUGCACGAUAUCCAGAGGCAAUGGAUAGAAACGAUCCGCCUCCAGAUUACUACGAGCUAGAAAAAGACAAACAACGUUCCUUAGUAAACCUGGAUCAUCAAAUAAGAUCGACAGUGGUUGAACUUGAAGAUGCAAAACAAGAACUUCUUAAAGUCAAAGCGUUUAACAUAACCAUUGAAAAGAAAAUCGAUAGUGCUGAUGGGGAAAGAAAGUCGCUAGAGGCAAAGCUUGACUCGUUGAGAGCUAAGCUUGCCGUUUCUAAUGCGAACGUUUCAAAGUUUAAUGAUGACAAAGAGACUUUAAGGACCAAUCUUAAUGAAUCACAAGUUCUUGUUGCUCGGCUUGAGGAGAGACUUACGGCAUCUUCGUCAGAACUUGACAGAAUGCGAGAUCCUGCAAACCCGGAGAGUACAAUGGCAAUAAGGAAGCAUAUCGUUCAUGAUAAGAAAGAAAUAAAGAAACUAAAGGUCGAAGUAGAAACUGAGCAUACUAACUUGGAAAGUGAUAAAACUAUUGCCACUGAUAGAGACAAUGAAAUUAAGAAACUUGAGAAAGAACAAUCUAAGCUACGAGAGCAGUUACAAGUUUGUCAAGAAGAGAGAGCACACACUCUGGAAGAGGAGGCAGAAGAAAGACGAAUGAAAGAAGAAAUUGUACGCAAUUAUAAACUUCUUAAAGAAGAUAGAAAAACUUACGAACAAAGACUGAAAGACGCAAAAAUAUUGCUUGGCGUAAAGGUGUCGGGGGAAAAUGUCGGAAAGAAAAUGUCCGAAGAAAUGAAGGACAAUGAAAAACAAAUGCAAAAACAAUUUAAUAACACCGAGAAACGUUUAAAAGACGCACUGGCUGUUUUGGAUAUUUUACGAAAUCAGCACAAGAUGAGUAAAACAGCUAUGUCGAUCAACAAAUACACGACGAGAAACAAAGAUAAACGUGGGGCAGGUUCAGUGAGUUCUUCAGACAGUAAAGUCAGCGUGGCGAUGAAUGGACCAGGUCCAGUAAGGUUUGCAACAAAAACUCCAAAGGGAUUGGAAAAAACUGUUGGUAGUUUGACAGAUAGACCGAAACAGAGUGAUAGGGCAUCCGACGGUGUUAAAAAAGCUGGGACAUUGACUGAAAGGUCGUCAACAAACGCAGCUGAAAAGCAGCCCAAAGGCCUUUUGCGUCGUGAAAGUGUUGCGAAAGGAGGCGAGAAGAAAAAUUCCGUUCAGUUUGUACCGCCACCAAAAUCCAAACUCACUGGUGGGAAACCUAGAUGAGGAACGGCAAUGGGAUAUACUUAUAAAGUCACUGUGUGAAUACUCGAAAGUUAACGUAUGUGAAUCGAAUGAAAAUGACUUGUCCUAAUUGACAUGUUAAUGACUUCAAAUGACUAUAAAAUUAUAUAUACUUUGCUGAAGUUAAACAAAGUUCAAAGAUAAAUAACCAAAGUGGUUUGAAUGUUAUAAUAAAGUAUUUAUAAGAAGUUUCGUUUAUUUACUUCUGUUUGUUUUACGUUAUAAUUGGUAUAUACGAAAUUUUCUGAACGUUGCAUUUGAUAUUAUAUUAGUAUCAUUAUUCUUAGUGGAGAUUUUUGAUAUUUGGUAGAUGACUGAUUUAUAAAAUAAAUGAUAAUUGAAAAUUAGAACACGAAUUUCUUUCUCUAAUUUAUAAGCAUGUAUACAUAAUUUAUUCAGACUAUGUUAAAACAAGGAAACAUAAUGUGCUUCAAUCAAAAUGUAUUAACAAAAUAUCGAACGAAUGACUUUAGAACCAUGCACUGUUUUGAUCACAUUAAAAAUAUUGAUAAGCGUCCAGUGCUGAUAUUCAAUAUUGAUCUUAAUUGGAUCAAAGAACGAUGUAGCUAUCGGAUUACUUGUUAUUAAUAACUGACCAAUAGAAAAUAAUAAUGCUAAUAAGAUAAAAUUAAGUUCAAUAUUGAAUACUACUGCAUUAUUUUUUUUUAAAUAUAUUUAAAAAAAUCCGAAGCAUUUAUGUAUCUAAGUAAAGUAUGGAAAUGUUCCUUUUUCAAAAUGAGGACACACAAUUGAUUUUAAAGCAAGUAUCUUGUUUUUGAUUUUAUGAGAUACUUUUGUUUUAUUCCGCAAGUAUUUGUGUAACUGAAUAAGUAAACAUUACUCGAGGAAAUUUAUGAUGAAUCACGUAUCUCGAGCGGAAGUGGGUUUUUUGCUUUUAUU